AUGGAGGAAGGGCACCAUCGAGGGCUUUUGGACUUCUUCCAUUGUAAACAUGUAUUCCAAGAGGCAAACUUCCCUGCAGAUACAUUGUCCAAAUGCAGUCAUAUGCUUGAACAUGCACAACAUUUGUAUAAUUUUCAGCAACUACCACAAGAAACUGAGGGCUACAUCAAGUUGGACAAGCUAGGGAUGGUACAUUGCAGACCUGCAAUACUUGAUCCAGCACUUGGAAUUCCUCUCUUGUUUGCUUCCAUUAUGCAGAAACAUGGGGCAGAAACUGCAGCUGCAGUUAAGUCCUCAAUGGUGUUCUCAUUUCCAUGUCUUCAAGGACACAUCAAAAACAUCAACCUAUCAGAGACUGGAAUUCAAGCAAUGCAUCGUGGUGGUCCGUUUUGGGGCAAAGUUAGAGAAGCUGCUGAGAAAAAGAUCUUGAAGGAAAACCUUCUUGCAGCAUUAAGUGUUCAAUCAGGAAUCCAAUAUGAUCAUACUGAGGAAGUGAUGAUGGCUGCACGACACAUUGCUGAUCAGAGGCAGUCUUCAAGUGGUGCAGGUCCAUCUCAUAUACCCCGCUCUUCGGACUAUGCAUCAUCAUCAGUACCAAACCGAAUGAUAUGUGUUGAGGAGGAUUUGGAUCACAUACACCAUUUUCAAGCCUAUCAGGUGAAGCACAAUCAAGCAGUUGCUGAAAUGCUGCGAACUAUGGAAAUUCACCAUGGAAUGAACAUGGAUAAUUUUCCUACUUGUCCAUCAUAUAUUCCCCCAAGGGACAAGGCAGUGCUCGACGAUGACGACGACGACGGUGAUGAUGAUGAUGACGAAGACGAGGAUGAGGACGAUGAGGAGUGA